AGAAAGAGAAAGAUGGGUCGAGCUCCUUGCUGUGACAAAGCUAACGUGAAGAAAGGGCCAUGGUCGCCUGAAGAAGACUCAAAGCUAAAAGACUACAUUGAGAGAUAUGGAACUGGUGGCAAUUGGAUUGCCCUCCCUCUCAAAGCUGGUCUAAAGAGAUGCGGAAAGAGCUGCAGAUUGAGAUGGCUAAACUACCUAAGACCAAAUAUCAAACAUGGUCAAUUCUCCCAUGAAGAAGACACGAUCAUAUGUACCUUGUUUUCCAACAUUGGAAGCAGGUGGUCAGUAAUAGCAUCACAGUUACCGGGUAGGACAGACAAUGACAUCAAGAAUUAUUGGAACACUAAACUUAAGAAGAAGCUCAUGCAUCUGCUUCCUUCACCGCCGCCGCCUCCUCCGCCGCCGCCUUCCACCGCGACGACGUCGUUUCAUCAAGCAAUUAUAUCAUCAUCAUCAUCACUCUUUUCUCCAGCACCAACCUCAUUUUACAACAACGUCCAUCCAAAUCAUUUUGUCAACCAGAGUUUAUACAUUAAUAAUACGGGAUUCGAACCACCAAACGUCGACUACAAUAUUAAUACUAAUAAUAAUUAUGUGUAUACCCAGCUGCUUAUGGAUAAUAAUUAUCAUCAAGCAGCUACGGAUGAUCAGAUGAUCAAACAUGAGGGUAUUUUGGAAAUCAGCAGUAGUAACAACAGAUCAUCCAUAUCAAAUGGCCGGCUUCUUCAUCCUAAUCAUCAUGAAGAUGAUCUUGAUCAUAAUUAUUAUUAUAAUAAUGACGAUAUUAUUCAACAAGGGACGUCGUCGUAUUUUAAUGGAGCUAACAGUUUGUUCUCCACCACCCAUGAUCAAUUCUACAUAUAG